AUGUCGAUGUCUAUUUCAUCAGACUCUGCGCCGGAUCCCGAUCUCAAUACUAUACCACUCCUCAGCCUAGACUCCACAACCCUCUUCGAGGUCAAGACCGUCCAGCGCCACAGGAAGCGUCCAACAAGCGAGACGCGCAUCUUGCCUGUUCUCUCCUUGCCUUUUAUGGCGACCCCUGCUAUCUUCCCUCCCGCGCUCAUCCAGCAAUGGAUCGAGCAGGGAAAGGCGCGACUACUACCUGAUCAACAAGUUCAGGUCGACCUCAUGGCAAUGCUUGCGUUUGCAGAUCGGGAGUAUACUGGAUGUGACGAUGAUUAUGGUGACUUGGUGUUUCCUACUCACUGGAAUACCGCCGCGGUCCUCGAGUAUGUCGGCUUUUCGAAGAGCCGGUCCUUGGAACUCUUGCAUGCAUAUCACCAGACCGUUGAGGAUGGCCCCACAAACUUCACGCUGUGCGAGUACGCCAUCGAGGCCACAAUUGGGGCGACGCCAGCCCUUAGCAACGCCGACAGUGACUGGCGAGCAUAUAUGGAGUCCCUAGGUCUGUCAGAGGCAACAAUCCAGAGACAAAUGAAUGACGACGUCAGGAAAGUGCGUGCGUCAUCUACAAUGGACGCCUGGAUUUGGGAAAUCUUACAAGUGGACACGGCCAGAAAGGCAGUUCAUCUAAACCCGCCCAACAACCCUCUCAGCAAGGACCUGCGGGCCAAGGGGAAAUCCAACAGGAGAUCAGGGAAGAUGGAACAAUCUCGCCUUGUGUUAGCGUUCAAGACGUUUUAG